AUGAGCGUCAUGAAGGAUAUCGACGAGUCACGGUUGUACUGUGAGAAGCACAUGCUCAUGACUUGUAAGGUAUGUUUGCAUAGUGUCAACGUAGCCAACGACGGUACAAUCCCAAAGAAUGCAUCUGGCCUACCCCGUCUUCAUGGGGUUUACGUGGUUAGACCACGAUUUCAACUUGCCCACACACAUGAUAUUGAUAGAUUGGGAUAUGUAGAUGGCUUAUACCCAGACAAAGAGAGAAAGCUGCCUCGUAUUGAUCUGCUAAAGGCCAUCAAUAAUGGUCAUCCGUAUUACGACUGCAAUGCAUGUGGUCUUACUUUCCUCGCAGGUGGUGGGCCUGGGUCUUUUGCUGCACAUCCCUCUCAUGUUUGCUCGGAUGGACAACGAUAUUUGAUAGCUAGACUAUCUGUAUCAAAGUUUACCUGCGACUCAGGGAAGACUGUAUGCCAUGGAUCCUUCUUUUUCGGACACAAAUCCCCCUCGAACGUCCAUUACCAGUGUAUAGGAAAGAUUGAUACUAGAAGUGCAGAAUGGAACCUUGACAAUUCUGAGCUGGGGACUCUAAUCGAAUUGCUACUACACGUGGAAAAGGAUAUUUUCCCCCACAGGCGAGAUCUUGUUGACGAACAUGUCUACACGAAUAGCGCCUACUUCGCUGGGCAAGCUCGACGAUUCCAAUUGAUAGUGAUCACUACUCUUAGUGAAACUCUUCUCAAUUUCUUGGACAAAGUACAGACCUUGAAAUAUAGCCAGAAGAGACAGGCUUACUAUGAGAAAAAUAGGUUUGGAGUUGUCAAAAGAAUGUAUCCUGCUACCGAGGAGCGACGUCGCCUAAUAUCAAAGUUCAUCGCGGGGCUUAAGAGCCUGGCUAAGCUUGGUAUACCAGUGCAUUGGUGUCCCGGCUCAAAAUCUAUGUAUGAGAAGAGAGUCUUCCUUAACGAGUCAUAUGUACUCCCACCGGCACUGAACGAGUCCCAAAACGACCCACCCGCUGAGAAAGAUGUGGAACCGGGCGAAGACGUAGAUGAGGACGAGUUGAUAGAAGGUGAUUCUCUUGAGGGUAUACCAGACCACGACCAAUGCCAGAACGUUGAAUACGUUCCGGGUCCCGAAGAAGAUGCUGAGACCCAGGAUGCUGUUUGGGAUAGUUUAUCUAACCCGGCCAAGUAGCCUGGCUGAUGCACAGCCGAUUACAGCUUUCCCUUAACAUGGGUCGACGUA